GUCGGUUUCGUACUUUUGGAUGCCUCAACCCUUUGCUCCGUACUGAACGCUCUGGAUAUGGCCUUGGCGCUGCUAGUCGCAGGAAGUAGUGCCGCGCUGCUCAACCUCUUGUGGCGCGUAGGCUCUAUGUUGGCGUGUAACGUCGAAGCCAAGAGACCUAGCCGUGUUUCGCGAACUUGACACUCACUUCGUGACAAGGGAUUGCGGGUCUGGCGCGCUAUACGAUUCUCUGCCCGCAAAAGUGACCCUUUGCUCGUGUGCUCGUGUGGCGGCCGAAGGUUUCCAACCUACUGUUCGUAUCGAAGUAUAAGCACCGUGGACGCAGACUAACGUACACCUGGUAUAAAAUCCCUCCCUCAGCUGGCUGGUCGGACUGUACAGCCAUGGCCGUCCAACUCCUCUUCAGCCUUGCUGUUUUUACGCUCUCGAUGAUUGCCAACGUCACUUUCGCCUUACUGCAGAAGGACCAGAUCAUCAACCUGAUCACCUUUGGCGACUCAUACACGGACGUUGACCUCGUCUGGGACGGCGGUCUUCCCUGGCCAAAAUACGCCGUGCAGUACGUCGACGCCUCAAGGGUCGGCGACGACGGGAAGUCGACCACCAGCCUUGACCUAUAUCCCUUCGCCAAGUCCGGCGCUGUCUGCUCGACGGAACUCACUCCAAGUAUCUAUGACUCUCUGUAUGAAAAGCAGCUGCCGGCGCUUUACGCCAGCGAGAAGAACGGGACGAUCCCAUCGACCGUGACGCCGGACAAUUCCCUGUACACGCUCUGGAUCGGGACGAAUGAUGUUGGGGCGUGGGGUCUGCUCACUGGGCACGAGAUCGGCAACGCGACCGUGGUAGACACGGUGCAAUGCGCGGUCAACUGGGUGAAGACGCUGUACGAUCGCGGUGCGAGGAACUUCCUCUGGCAGAAUAUGAUUCCCCUCGAGUUUGCGCCGAUGUACCUGCCGGACGCCUACCCGAACAAGUUUACGACCGAGAUCAAGAAUGCGACGGCGUGGCACUUGGGCAUGAAGGAGCUGACCUCGGCCGGGAAUGAGAUUGCGAAACUUCUCCUUGAAAAGUUCGUUCCGAGCUUGGAGGGCGCCCACGUCGGGCUCUUCGACUCCCAUGCGCUCUUCUCCGACAUUCAUGCGCACCCGGAAGCGUAUCUCAACGGCACCGCAGCCUUGAACGUCGUCGAUCCUACGUACUCGUGCAUUUACACCGAGCUGCAAGAUGUAACCGAGACCGUGCCGUGUACCACGGUGGAGGGAACAGACCGGGAUAGUUAUAUGUGGUGGGAUGAGCUGCACCCAAGUGAGCAGACGAACCGCGUUCUCGCGAAGCAGAUCGCGCAAGUCAUUCUGGGCGAGGAGAACAAAUGGACGACCUGGCUGAGCUGAAUAUGUAGGCAUAGUAGUGUGAUGAGAUUGCUUAUGUUGGGUUACACCCUUUGACCAGUUUGGAAGAAGGCGCUGGUGUUCGACCGGCAUCAUAUACUUCGUGUGCUGACGGCUCCUGAG